AAGAGAUACCAGCCAAGGGCGCAGAGGUUACUCCCUCUCCUGGCUGAUGCCUGCCAUGGCGAGCAAGUGGGGUCUCCAGAGCGUCGGAAUGCGGUGACGCGCACUUUUACGAUGUGUGCGGCGAGGCAAAUCGCUACCUUUCCUUGAUUUUGUCUUCUCUUCCGCUGACCGUUAACAGUUUCAGGUUAAUGCGAGGUUUUAGUCACAUCUUGUAGCAGAGGCACUACGUGUGAACCGUCAAUGUUUUUGCUCCGCCAGAGCUCUGCGCUCGCGCGAAAUUCGGGUGCGUCACUGUUUUGUCAAGACGUGGUACUGCACGGAUUUUUUUCAUUCGUUCCGUGCAUUAGGGUUAUGUAUCGUACCAUUCAUCACGGCUGAUUCCUACCUGUCUCCUUUAUUUCUUUCUUUUCCGUUACGGGUCUUCCAGACCGUCACUUCGCCAACCUGUUUUUGCCUGAACUCGUCUCCACAGGCGGGUUUUUUCUCCGGUAGUACGUAAAACUUUCAGAACUGGCGAAGUGACACGUGUUUUUUUCGGAAACAAUGGAACCCUCUUGUUGAGCCAGAGCACUAUUUUGUGGCGAUCUUCCGAAGAAAGGUCCGCUGUCUCAUUUGCAACAGGAACUCCCGAGGCACGCGGCACUCAGAACGGAGUUCGGGUUGCCCGGGUGCAGCUUUGUUCCUCCCCCCCGUUCUCAGAGGGUAAAAAAAGCCGACAGACAGUACGAGAUAAUCACCUCAGGCGUAAAUCACCAUAUAGCAAGUUGAUGGAGGGAAAGGCUUUGACGUGACGUCGGUUUGAACCGAAUCAGGCAACUCGCAUCGAGUCUGAACCUUCGCAGCCGUGCUAUGCGGCGUCGAGUUCGCCCGAGCUCCGACUUCAUUUCUUUGUUAUAAGGUUUCCGGCACUCGCGGUGCAUCCGUUGACGCAGUGCUUGGAGACUGCGUCCGUUCCACAUAUCCUGUUUCCCUCGUAUGUUUUUCAUUGAGUGUGUCCACGGGCAGCGAGCCCUCCGGACACGCUGGCAGCGAAGUGGACGACCGCGUCGUGACGCCACUUUCAGAAUAGUUACACUCUUGAGAAUCCCUCGGUGACCCGUCUACCGUAUUCGUGGCCAGAUGGUGAAACGAAGACUAUCUCGAUGUCUUCAGGGUUUCCGUCCCGGCCGUCUUGGGCUGUACGUCUCUUUUGUGUCAAAUCGAGGACUGUCACUUCACUGACCUGGCAGCCGAUAUAUUUUCCGUAAACUCACUAGAUUUUGUGGGUGGUGACACACUGAAGGCAGGUUCGAGUCAGCUGGUAAAUGCCCCUUGCAUCCGUCUUUUUUCAGACUCAACGGUCUCUCAUAACUUUCCGGUUGUGUUAAGAGGUUGUGCGCAUUUCAAGGCGACAAGAUUGCACAGACUCGGACGACGGGCGGCUUCGCCUCCCGCGCGUCAGGGACGGGCCCACGUUAGGGUCCCCCGCUGCCUGUGUUCACCGGUCUCUGAAUCUGGGGGUGGGUCUUCGAUCCUGCCCUUGCUGGGCCGUGACGUGUCUGUGCGCGGAGGAGCUCUUUCACUAUGGUGGCAGCUGACGCGCAUCCGAGGUACCCACCGCAGCAAGAGAUCAUCCUGGUUCACUCGUCCUCUCCACACAGCCGCACUUCGGCUCCUACGCCGAGUCCUGUUUCUCGCCACGGCUUGCGUGCGUCUGGAGCCAGUGAGCCGUACCUCAUGAAGCAAGGCGGAGGCCCGAAGCAGGCAAGUGGAACGAUGGCAGGAAGUCAGACGCCUCAAGGUGUGUGGGCCGAGAAAGGCCAGACUUGGCAAAGCGCAAAGGCCUCCGAACAGCCUUCUGCGCGCGAGGAGAUCGAUAGAGUUUCCAUGGCGCCGACCGCCGCAGAGGUCUCGAAUGUCUCCUCUCGAUGGAACAGUGCAGGAGAUGCUCCUCCUGGCGAACUCUCCGGACACCUGCGGAGAACCGUUAGUGGAGAGAAAAGGGACCAUGGCUCAGUCGAAGGGAAGAAGAAACGCGGUCUGAGCUUGCUCCAGCGACUUCGACAGAAGUGCGAGGAUUGCCGAGGCAGAGAAGACUGUGCUGCUGGGGCUGACCAGAAGCGAACGCAACCAAUGCGUGGAGACGCAGGAACACACGGAAUCUCGUCGAGAGUUGUGGGCCGCCCAAGUGACGUUCUACCCGAGCACGGGGCAGAGGAGAGUCGCGAACACGCAGCGGACAGGCGAGGAGACGAGACCAAGAAGGCAGACGCCGACGGCGAGUUCGCGCCCGAGGUGCUGGAAGCAAUGCAGCGAAACCGGAACAAUGAGAAGAUGAUCGUGGGCGUCUUUUGCCUCAUGUUCGCUCUGGAGAUCUUCGUGAACUUCGACUCUGGCGUCGUUCCUGCAAUUCUCCUUACUCUCCAAGAGCAGUUCCACCUGGACGGCGCCGCAGCAGGACUCCUAGGCUCGCUCCCGUACAUCGGCCUCGUUGCAUCCAGCCCAUUUGUGGGCCGUGGCCUCACCACUUUCUCGCCCAAGUGGUUCUGCCUAAUCACCAUGAUGGUGAAUCUCGUAGCUACGGGACUGCUAGGGCUCGCCUUCAACAAGUUGAUGCUGUAUCUCUCGCGGCUUCUCAUCGGUCUGAGUCAGUCCGGUUUCUCCAUCUACGCCCCCGUCUGGGUUGAUCAGUUCGCCCCUGCUGACAAACUCACCCUCUGGAUGGGUCUCUCCCAGGGCGGCGUUGUCAUCGGCACCAUGCUGGGAUGCGUGAUUGCAGGCUCCUUCGACACGGCUGCUCGGGAAGGAGUGGAAACUAUUUCGUGGCGAUACGCGCUGCUCAUUCAAGCGAUCGCUUUGUUCAUUCUCCUCUGCAUUUGGAUGUUCUUUCCUCGACGGUUUGUCGAUAUCACGAUGACAAAGAGCACGGGAGAGGCCGGAGUUAGCAUUGAGGAUGCAACCAAGGCGGAUGCGGCUGCGGACGCGACACUCCUGGAGGAGGAAGGUGAAGACCUUGAUGAACUGGAGAGGAACUACGGCGCUGCUGUCACAGUGGCUUCGGGAUCAAAUGGCGAGAAUUCAGAGCGCAUGCGCUCCGGCGGAAUGCGGCCCUUAGGAGACGCGGAAACUUUGGAUACUUCUUCCAUUGUCGUCAGGCGAGAUGGAAGCGGACCCGGACGCGAAAGCGAAGAAAACGGUCCGUACGACGUCAAAGUAGCGGACAGCCGGGUGCCGCUCCCCUGUGUGGGUGAGCGUGAGAAAAUAGACACGUCACCUCGAGGUCGGCGGUUGUCUCUCGGGCUCGUUCAGCGGCCAGCGCCAGGCGCUACUGGAAGAAUUGGAGCUGGAGAUGAAGAGGUAGGGCGAGUAGAAGGAACUGCAUCAGCCGCCGUCCAAGGGGCAAAUGCAUUAAGAAGCUCAAGAUCUUCUCGACGGAUCCGCAGCUCGGAGACUUCUUCCGUUGAAGGUCUGCCGCAGUUUCGCAAGGACAUCCUUUCUAAUUUGCUGCCGCUGGACUUCAUUGCGACGUCGCCCACCUUCACCCGUCGCGCCUCGCAGGUCAAUCCUGGGCCCGCGCCGGGUAGCGUCAACGCGGCGCGGUUGUCUGUCUCGAUGGCGGCGACGGCUGGAGACUCGGGCGUGCCGCGACCAGUGGGUGACGUGCCUGUGAUGCUCUUCGACGCCUCGGAAACUCAGCAGCUGCCCUCAGCGGCUGAGGGUCCAGGGCGUGCGGGGCUUGAUGGCAGAGAGCUGACGACCUUGUCGCGUCUGGGCCCACCGCCGUCGUCGUCCCCGGAGGCUGCCCUGGCGGCCGCAUCGGCUCUGGAAGAGGGUCGGGAUUUGCUCCCAGGCGAUGGGGGCGGCUUGUGGGCCCACGGCCGUUCCGCAGGUCCCGCUGACGUCCCGGUUUUGCAUCCUUACCAGUCUCGGGGUGGCCAGCGGGCGUCAGCGUCCGUGCCGGACAUCGGGUCAGGGCGCGGUCGGAGCCCAUCGACCGCCCGCCUGGGCCAAGGAGGCAGUGCGUCUCUCGCGAACAUCAACGCGAGACAUUCGAUCCCGGGAGGCGUGGCCGUGCGCGUCGGAAGCAUCUCGGGCCCGGGCGAAGCGGCUCCGGGGCUGCUGAACCGCGUCGGCUCCACCGUGAGCGAGGUGCAGUACCAAAUGACGUUCCUCACACCCCACUCGACGACCCUCGCCUUCGAGGCCUUCAAUUGGGCGGCAGGCACGGCCGACCCGCUUCUUCUCGUUCGCACAGACGCCAGGCAACCAACCCACGGAGAUCUCACGGCGGUGGAAAUGCGCGGAGGCGCAGCCACUUCCCAUCGUCGGCGGUCAAACGCGUCGUCGUCGGUGUCAGAGAGCGUGCAUGCAACGCAGGUGCCCCAGGGGGUGGCGUCACCCAGACACCGCAGUGGGAUGGGGCGCGUGAGUGGAGAAGAGAACCCCGUAGACGCCGUCGGACAGGCGAGCGCGUCUCAGCUGUCGGAUGGACAAACGAUUUCAGAAGAGGAAUCUGAGGCACGCACAGAAGGCCAAGUGAUUGCUCUCGCCGAAUUUGUCGAGGGAGGCAAGCGACGGGGACGCGGAGAGAGCGAAGCCGAGAACCGUACCGCACUAGAAAAGGAAGACGGCCACGGACACCCGGUGGAGUUCGACUGGCGACCUCCGAGAAGAAGCACGUGCAGCACUACCGGUGGACCGCGACUCAUGACGCUUUCCCGAGGAAGUGCAGAAUGGGACUCGGAACCCCACGUCGAAGCUUUUAGCGCCAUGCCGAGAACGUUUGGUGUCUGGCAAUCGAUCUGCAUUCUCUUCGAGAGCCCGAUCUAUGUCUGUGUGACGAUCGCGCUGUGCGCACUUUUCUUCGAAGUGACAGCCAUCCAGUUCUGGUCUAUCACGUACUUUCAGCAGGAGCUGCACGUUCCGGGGGCUCAAGUGUUGGUGGCUUUCAACGCGACAGCAGCAACAGCUCCGAUUGUCGGUGUGUUGGCAGGUGGCUGGUUUAUCGAUUAUUUGGGAGGGUAUAAGAGCGAGAAGGGUAUGUUACGAACCUUGUUGAUCCUUGGCUUUUGGGCCGUCCUGUGUCUCUUCUUUGGAAUAUGCGCCUCGUGGGUCCCAAACUUCAUUGCAAUCAUUUGCUUCAUCUGGUGCAUUCUCUUCUUCGGUGGAGGGAUUCUUCCUGCUGCCACUGGGAUUGUCAUCGCUUCCGUUCCGGUGGAAGUCCGGGCCUUCGGUAGUGGCUUCUGCAUGAUGAUCUACAACGUCUUCGGCUACGUCUUAGGGACGCUUGUCCCUGGCGCCAUCAUCCAAGCCGCGGGGCUGACCUGGGGCAUGCGCGUGGUUUUCUUGUGGUCGAUUUUCGGAGUGUGUGGUCUCUUCGCCGCUGCGUUUGUCUGCUGGCGCUUGCGCAUCAAACCCGCCUACAUUUCCUACCGAGAAAAGUCGUCAAUAAAGAACGAGAUCGAAGUUGGGGGCGUUCAUGAGGAGGAGUAAAGUAAUGGAGCAUUUUUCGAGCAAAUAACAAUGUGUCCGUCACUGAUGGAAAAUCAUCUAUGUCCAGGUAUCCGUCAUACAAUCAAGGCGGUGUUCAUUUCGCUCACGAGAGAGCGUAGAGUCUACUCUAUCGUGUUUGUCUAGUUACUGAUACUCAUGUGUCGUUUUUUACCCCACCGGACGCCGGGAAUCAGUUUUGAUUUCCCUCAUUCAGGACUUGAUUCGUUCAUCAUGUGUGCUUGUCUCGCAGAGAGGCAGAUUGUUUCGUCAUUUCUGUUUCUGGCACAUUUGCCAGGCCGUUGAACAAGCUAGUGAGCCUCCCUAGCAGGGAGCGUGCGUGUGGCGUAUGUGGGGAACUCUGUGUAGUUUGUCGGUGCGGGCAAUAUACCCUCAAAUUGAUGCCACGAGAGCAGUAUAUGCCCAGGAAAACGGUAUCCUACAUGGUCGACACCAGCAUCGUGCGAGUGCCUUCCCGUGUGUGCUUCUUUGUCUUCUGCUUCGUUGUCCUCAAGUCUUGUCGCGAGCGGAUUGAAAGGAGUUUAGGGAGGUGGGGAGGGAGAGCAGAUGUUCAAGAUGUGAUAUUUGGAGUGACGAGAGGUGAUUUGUGUCGCAUAGGAAACUGGAGAUGAAGUGCCACCUGCUGCACUAGGAAAACCCACUCCUAGUGGAAAGCGAUCAGCUGCGCAGCGUUUUAUAUCGUCUGCACACAGGAUUGGAAAAAAACAUAUCUGAGCGCCAAGCCGCCGGUGCUCAAGACGAACGAGUCACAGUAGUCGUCAACCCCUGAUUCCAGGUGUCAUGCAGCCUCGUUCUCCCGCAAAAAUAGAUGUUUUCGACAUACGUUUCUAGCUUCGUUUUAUUGCCACUUGGUGAAGAAGAGAUUUUCAGAGAUUAAUGGUGCCAGCACGAUGGAGCUGCGAGCAUCAACUCGUAUGCGCAUAUCGACAUAAUCAACUCUUGGAUGGUCUUAACAUUGUUGGCAUUUGGGAAGAGCUCUCUUAUGGAAGGGGAAGGGAAGGAAAACAGUAUCAUGAGGUAUAGGUGGCCUCAGCGGGCACUCUACCCUGGGCGUGGCACGGCCUGAAUGAGCAGCGCAAGCUACGUUUGUAGCAGCACUUCACUGAAACCACCGCUCCGCAGCUUGUGCCUGGCGUGUGCUGUUGACGGGUCGUUCCUGUUAUCAAGAGGGCACAGUAGUCCAUAAAGGUGAAUCAUUGCCCUUCUGCGAUGACUGGGCUCAGCGCAUGUACAGUGACAAACUUCAAAACCUAUU